CCCGAAUACUACCAAUUAGUUUGAAAAGAACAGUCAAAAGAGUUAUAAAGAAUAGAAUAUAAAAGAAAUACUUAUAUAUUAAUUAAACUCGUGUGAUAUUUAAGUUGUCUGCACAAAGCGAUUGAUGUGAUCUAAGAGAGUUUCAAUUCGGUUCUCUGAGAAGCAAAAGUGCAAUCUGUUCCGUAUCCUAUAUGUCUAUUUAGACAUCACCAGAAGUUUCUCUCAACUUGUUUUAUGGUUUGCUUUUACAAAAUCUACUAAAAACGUGUGAACUCCUUCCACUCAGUCGAAAAGAUCGAUGGAUAGUAAGAGCAAUGGAAAGUGGUACCCCGUUUUGGUUAUGGUUGCCGUCCAUUUUGUGUUCGCUACUAUUAAUGUACUCCUCAAAAAGGUUAUAGUCGAUGGACUGAACCAUCUCGUCUUUAUUACGUAUCGCCUGAGUGUCGCUACCAUCUUUUUGGCCCCUGUAGCGUUCUUUUUCGAAAGCAGGAAGAACCGGCCGAAGCUCACAUACAGCGUAGUGUUCUUCCUUUUCGUAAAUGCAAUUCUUGGGGCAUCGCUCACGCAGUACUUGUUCCUUCUUGGUCUACAAUACACAUCCGCGACAUUCACUUGUGCGUUUCUCAACAUGGUGCCUGUCAUCACCUUUAUCAUCUCAUUACCCUUUGGGUUGGAAAGAGUGAACAUAAAAUCAAAUGCUGGAAGAGCCAAAGUGAUAGGCACAGUAGUCUGCUUAGGAGGUGGCAUGCUACUGACCCUGUACAAAGGAAUACCAUUAUUUAACCACCAUUCCCACCUACAACAGCAAGUGACAACCGACUCCAUUCAUACUCAAUCGAUCAGCAGACUAAGCUCGUUAUUGACUACAAGGAAAGCGAGAUGGGCUUCUGGGUCGUUGGCUUUGGUUGCGGGUACAGUUUUGUGGUCUUCGUGGUUUCUUGUACAAUCAAACAUUGGAAAGAAAUACCCAUUGCAGUAUUCAAGCACCGCUAUCAUGAUGUUCUUUGGUGCCAUCCAAUCUUUUGCCUUAAGUUUGUCGGUCGACAGAGAUCUUUCUUCAUGGAUUCUUAAGGGAAAAUUACAAGUCUUUAGCAUCCUUUAUGCUGGGAUCGUAGGGUCGGGGUUUUGCUUUGUUGGGAUGUCGUGGUGCGUGAAGAAAAGGGGUCCAGUUUUCAGUUCUGCUUUCAGUCCUCUUGUUCAGAUAAUAGCAGCAGUAUUCGACAUUCCAUUUCUACAUGAACCAUUACAUCUUGGAAGUUUAGUGGGAUCCGCUAUUGUCGUAGCAGGAUUGUACAUUCUUCUAUGGGGAAAGAACAAAGAAAUGCAAAUGUCUGGCGUUGAAAAAGGAGAUCCAGAAAACGAAAUGGUGAAGGUUCAAGAUCCUGACCCGGAGUCUCAUCCCACGGCUGUCACUUAUGGUUCCAAGGACCCGCCAACGGCGGAAUGUUAGACCACGUGUCUCGGUCGUCUUUGUAUUCUGAUUUGAAUGCUUUUAUGUCGCAAACUUGUACAACCGUUUACGAUAAGACUAUGAGAUGCCAUAUUCCCAAUAAAAAUAGAUUAAUUUGUUUCAGGAAAAUUAAGCGGAACUUGUCGAAAGGUUUGAAUUUCACUCACCUCAAAUGCACACUACCAUAACUACGGCCCUAAUUAACACCUAAUUUUCGAGUUCCAAGAUAGUCUAGCGCAACUUUUAGGUUAAGAGCAAGUCGCCCAAAUUAUCGGGAAGGAAGGAAGGAGUGGUG